CUUUCCUAUCCUUAAAAAACAAUGAAGGCUGUUUUCAUCAUUCUUGCUCUCUGCAUCUCGUUUGUAUUUGCCCAAUCCACCGUUCCUUUCUAUAUCACCCACCCUCUCCAAGGUGAUAGCUUCAAGGCCGGUAGCACUGUCACUAUUGAAUGGAAAAAUGGUGUCGCUGGUUCUACCAAGGUAGCUUUGCUUACUGGUGUUAACGCUGCUUCCAUGUCCAGCACUGGUGUUACAUUCAACGUUGAAGGUUCUGCUGAAGAGUACGACUGGAAAGUCCCCACUGACCUUCCUCAAAAUGCUACCUUCUCCUUGCAAAUCAGUUAUGUUGAUCCUACCACUAAGGCUGCCGCUACUUCCUACUCUGCUGCAUUCACUCUCACUGGUACCACUGGUGAUAUUGUCACCCAAUCCUUUGUCUCUGUGAUCGCUACUGCUGUUUCCUCUGUCCCUCCCAAGAGCAGUAUUAUUGCUACUGCCCUCUCUUCUAUCCCCGCUUCUGCUUCUGCCUCUGUCACUCGUGUCACCCCCAGUGCUUCUAUCAGCAAGGCACCUUCCUCCACUGCCUCUGCUUCUGUCACUCCUGCUCCUACCAGCGCUGCCGGUGUCACUUUCAAGGCAUCUGCUAUGGUUAUCGGUGCCGUUGCCAUGGUUGCCACCGCCCUUAUUCUUUAAAUUACACACUCACACACAUUUAAUUUUUUAAUACAUAAUCUCUUUUUUUUUGAAAAAAAAAAAAAAAAAAAAAAAAA